AUGAGGGUUACCAAACCCAGUUGGAUUGAGCAUUCUGUCGGUGAGAAGAAAGGUCGUUGUCCGAUAUAUAGCAUUUCAGUCCAUCCUGAUGGGACAAGAAUAGCUACAGGAGGGUUGGACAACAAGGUCAAAAUAUGGUCAACAUUACCUAUUCUUGAUGAGGAAGCUGAGAAGGAAGAAGCGAAUUAUAAACUUUUAUGUACCAUGGCAGCUCAUACGGGACCUGUCCUCACAGUUCGUUGGGCACAUCAUGGUCGCUUCUUAGCUACGGGUUCCGACGAUCAGGUAAUCAUGAUAUGGGGUAUAGAUCCAGAGGGUGCUGGUAGACUUUGGGGAUCUGAGGAAGUCAAUCAUGAGAAUUGGAAAGCACUCACCAGACUGGUCGGGCAUGUAGCAGAUGUCGUUGAUUUGGCAUGGUCAAGAGACGAUUCAAUGUUAGCUUCGGUCGGGUUGGAUAGUAAAGUAUGGAUAUGGGAUGGAACUACUUUCGAGCGAUUAAGGAAGUUAGACCUACAUCAAGGAUUUGUAAAGGGUGUUUGUUGGGAUCCUGUGGGGAACUUCCUAGCUACUCAGUCUGACGACAAAACAGUUAGAGUAUGGAAUACUGAAGAUUGGUCUUUGGUAGAAACAGUUUCUAAACCUUUCGAAACAUCACCCCAAAGUACUUUCUUUCGGAGACUCAGUUGGUCGCCGGACGGAGCUUUCAUCGCUGCUUCAAAUGCCAUGAAUGGACCUGUCUUUGUUGCAGCUGUCAUUGAAAGAGAGGGAUGGGCAUCAGAUAUUUCGUUUGUGGGGCAUGAGAACACAAUCCAAGUAGCAGCUUUCAACCCUCGUCUCUUCUUCCGUAAAGAUGAUGCGCCUGGUCGAGCAACUGCAUCUUGUAUGUUAGCGCUGGGCGCGAAUGAUUUCAGUAUUUCGAUCUGGAGAAAUACAAUGCAUAAGCCAUUAGUAGUACUGAAAGACAUAUUUGGGCGGGAUCUGCUGGACUUGUGUUGGUCGAAUGACGGCUACAACCUCUAUGGCUGCUCUGCAGAUGGCUCAAUAUGCGCAAUCUCUUUCGACCCUUCUGAAUUCCCUGAGCUCGGCCAACCUGAGAUGACCCAAAAAGUGCUGGACGAGUACGAGUAUAAGACCAAACGACAUGUUCCUCAAGUCAUAUCGGCUCAAGCACCUCUAUCAAUAUCCAACUCGUUUGGUCCCUCCGCUUCCACUUCUAGUGCAGUCAACGUCUUAUUACCGAAGAAGAAGGUCAAGGGUACGAACCGACGCAUCGAUCUGGCCAACCCCGCAUCUAACUCCCGAUCACUUCAACCUCCGUCUAGAGAUCCUUUCUCAGGUCCAAUACAAGGAUUUUCAAGCUCUUCUGGACAUCAAGCCUCCACUCAACAGAUGUUCGAGGACGCACAUAACGCAUUCGGCAAUGGAAGCAGACAGAUUAACGGAGACUCACCCCGUGCAGGCUUGAAGAGGAAACCUGUUUUGUUUGCAGAAGAAGAGACAAGAACUGUUAAGGGAAGAUUGAUGCCUACUACUGAACCCAAUCUGACUUCAGUGGAAGUUCUUCGAGCACCUCGAGUCGCUGUGCAAUCUGGACCAUCUUCUUCCGGUAGAAGUCUGCCAAUACCUCAAAUACAGUCAAUUGUCCGAGCAACUCUCCCUCAAGCAGAAGGAACAGGAUAUCUCGAAGCCCACAACUCUACUACAAUUGAUGGCACAAACAAAAUCAUUUUCGUUAGAGAUGGUGAAAGCCAAUGGGUUGACUAUCAAUCUUCAGCCGUUUUAGCUCUAGCCGUCACAUCGAAAGUCUGUGCGGCAGCUUGUGAAGAUGGCAGCGUCGUUGUUUACUCUCCGUCAGGAAGACAGCUGUCCAACCUCAAGCUCAGCGCUCUUUGUUACGACUUGCAAGCCAGCAAUGAUAAGUUGCUCGUAAUCACCUCAGAUUGCCAAAUUCGCGUGAUCGACUCGCGGAAAGGUAAAACUAUCUUCGGAUCAACGAGUCUUUCUCAUCUUCUCGAUCCACCUUCAACGAUUCCAGCAACCGAUUCCUUGGAAAUCAAAGAUUGCUUCCUUCGUCCCAACGGAAUCCCAGUGCUCAUCACGUCCCUUCCCACCGCAUACGCCUAUGAUCCAUCUUUAUCUGCAUGGAUUAUCAUCUCUUCUCCACGCUAUAUCACGUCGAGUCCACUUACCUCGAUAUCGAAAGGCAUAGUUGGUAUAAUUGAUAAAUCCACAACAGCACUGUGGAAAGGCAAGAAGAGGGAUCCAGGUGGAGAAUGGUGGACAGAAUCUAUGACUAUGGGUCAUUAUGAGAUGAGAAUCAAAGCUAGUGUAAUUUUGGAAUCAACAGACGAAUACCAAGAAUUCGCCUCGUCUUAUAUUAAGUAUUUGGGUAAUGAAGGCUUCUUAGCUAGAGCAGAAGAAGUAUUGAAAGAACUCAUCGGUCCGAUAUACAGAUCGUCGAAUACUAAAGAAUGGAACGAAAUGAUCGUAGGUCUCGAUAAACGGGAAGUAGCUUCGGAUUUAGUAGAAUCUUUAUCAAAAACUAAAAACGGAGCGGAUUUAGCUCAAGAGUAUCGAAUACUGUUGGGAAAGUUGAACGGCGCUGAGUGGUGA